AGGAUUCGGACUUGGAAUUUAUAUGAUGUGGCUGCACUGCGCUGUAGCGGGAGCGCAGACCAGGGACUGCAUUGUCCCUGCUUAAGUCCCCAAUAAAAAGUGACAAAAGGUUCAGCACGAUUAAUAACAAAAGUGCAAAAAAAAUGAUAACAGUGCAACUUGUCAUCUAAGCCUUAACAAUCAGCGUUCACCCAUCCCUCCAUCGCUAGCAAACCACUCCUGGGCCGGAAGCCCAGAACUCCAGGGAGUUACUGUUUGGGAGCAGGGUUACUGUCGCGCGCUCGGCCCUAGAAGGAAGGAAACAAACAAACAAACUAGAUACAAAUUUAAAAAGCUGAAGGCCCGCCCAAAAUACCCUAGUGCCACGCUUACAAGAAAGAAGUCCCGGUCUCAACCCUACACUCGCCGGAAGGACGCAGGGGGUCGGGGCUCCCCGCCUUCCGCCCCCGCGCCGGCGGGAGCUGAGCAGGUGCGCGCGCCAGGAGGACGCACCCAAGGCGCACGCUCCGCUCCUUCCCCCGGAGAAGCGCGAGGGACCCCAGCGCGCAGGCGUCAACCCGCCAACGCCGCCGCCACCUCCCGCCAAAAGCGCCUGCGCAGAAGCACUGGGCCGGGAGGAGGGGCGGAGGUAGGAGUGGAGAGGAGCGCGCCCAAAUCCUAGAGAGGCGGGCCGAGGAGGGCUCGUCUUCCGGAAAGCCUGCGUUCCCAGACGACCGGAGGUGCCGCUCACCAGCCUCCCGCCCAGGAGAUGGCCGCAGAAAGCCGGCUGCCCUGUGUCCGCAUCGGAGAUCCUCAGAGAGGGGCCCGCGCCGCCUUGAGGAUGAAAACGGGACUCGCCGGAGGCCGGUUCCCACCGCCGCCGAGGGAAGCUGGGCGCGUGGGCGCAUGCGUGGUAGGCUCCCUCCACGUGUGGCUGGGCCGCGGCCUCCCCGCGCUCCGAGGCCCCGCCCAGGCCCCGCCCCCGGCCUCAGCAUCCUUCCGGGCGCGGAGAGCCGGCCCGGAGGAGGGCGGGGCGGCCUCGCGGCUGGCCCCGCCUCCGAAGCCUCCCAUUGGACUCGGGCGAGGGCGUCCCCUCCCACCGCCUUCCAAUUGGGACGCGCGUGCGAGCGGCGCGUCCCAUUGGGCGGUGAGGAUUUGGGCACCAAAUUCAAAGAUUUUAAAAGUACCAGCCGGCGCCUUUUAGGAGGCAGAGCUCGGUGCGGCCGCAGCCCGCCCCUCUCGUGCGCCAGCAGGUCGCUCACCUGAGGAGGACCCACCCGGCUCGCACUGCCAUGAGCCGGCGCGCCUGCAGCUGCUCCCCCUCCAGCUCCUGCUCCAGCUCCUGCAGCUGCAGCGCGGUGACAGCUCCCAGGCGCCCCGCUUCCUUGAAUAGUUGCAGAGAAACUUCUCUUUCUAUCAAAAUGAAGUGUGAUUUUAACCAUAACCACGUUCAUUCUGGAGUUAAGCCGGUAAAACCUGAUGACAGUGGAAGGCUAGGUUCCUACACUUCUCCAUGUCUGAAAAGUUCUAAUAAAGACUGCAUUAAAGACUAUGAAAAGCUAUCAGAUAUCGGGUCACCGAUUGUGAGCCCCAGGAUUGUAGAACUUGAAACUGAGAACAAGCCCUUGCAUAACAAGGAAAAUCAACAUGUGCAACAAACACUUACUAGUUCAAAUGAAAUAGAAGAACUAGAAACCAGUGGACCUUACGAAGACAGUGGCUAUUUUUCAUUUUCCCAAAAGAGUGUCCUGGGUGAACAGGAAGAAGCUAGCCUUUCCCUGGAAGAAAAUUGCAAUGACAGUCCACAGUUUUGCCUACCUCAGACUCAAAGCCCAGGCCAAUAUCCCAACAAAAACUUAAUGCCAGCUCUUCAUUUCGCAAAAGUGGUUUGUUCAACAUUAAAAAAGAAUGCCAGACGAAAUCAUAAAGUAGAUUGGGAGAAGCUAAAGGAGUAUAAUGUAGAUUUUAGGCUACAGACUAUAAUUGGCAGAAAAAUGGGCCUAGAAUAUGUAGAUAUUCUCAGUGAACUCUUUCGAAGGGGACUCAGACAUCUCUUAGCAAAUAUUUUAACACAGCUCAGCGAUAUGGACUUAAUCAAUGUGUCUAAAGUGAGCAUAACUUGGAAGAAGAUUCUAGAAGAUGAUAAGCGGGCAUUGCAGCUGUACAAUAAAGCAAUACAAAGAAUUACUGAAAAGAACGUUAAGUUUUCAUCACAUGCUUCAACCAGAGAACAUGUUAUGUGUAGAACUGCAUUGGCCUCUGUUCAGAAAUCAGCAAGCCAAACUCCUCUCAAAAAUGAUCCUCGAGACAAGUUAUCUGAUCCAGCUGAUCAGAAAGGUUCUACUUAUAGUUGGCACAAAGAAUUCUCUGAGGUUGCCACGACUUUGAAGAAUAAUGAAAGCCUCAAAGCCUGUAUUCGCUGUAACUCACCUGCAAAAUAUGAUUGCUAUUUGCAAAGGGCAGUCUGCAAACGAGAAGGCUGUGGGUUUGAUUACUGUACCAGAUGUCUGUGUGAUUAUCAUACCACCAAAGACUGUUUGAAUGGCAAGCCUCUAAAAGCCAAUUAUAAAAUGUGUCCUCUGCCUGGUACUGUGAAAAGCAAGAAGAACUUACGACGAUUGUGAUAUCUUAUUAAUAUCUGUUAUAGCCGAUCAUGAAGGUUAGUCAGAAAAGUUAGGUUUUAAUCUUAAAAAUUAAGAAUAUAUAUUGUGAUUUUCAGUCUAAUGUUGAAAUGACUAUCCUGCAAGGGAUUUCUGCCCUCCUUCUAAGUAGAGGAUGUAAACCUCUUAAAAUAUUUUAAAAUUUAAUGUGAAAAAGUUCAAAGUUCUCAGUAUAAAUCAGGAAAUUUAAAUAUUUU